UUGUUUUGCAUCGACCAAUUUGAAAUUCUGAAACCCAAAAACAUAACUUCUCAUUUUUGCACGCUUUUCUCUGUAUUCCUACAUGAUUCAGUGAUCUUCUAUCAAUUAUUCGUUCUCUCUGUGCACAAAUUCUUCUGAGCUUUGGAUUGAAAAAUUUGAAACUUUAUUUACAUAGAAUUCACGAGCAAAAAUUAGGAGUAGAGAUGGUGAGAGAGACAUUUGUUCAGAGCGUUGAAGCAUUGAACUUGAGCUCCAUGGACGUCACGCGCAAAAGUAUCGUCGCUCCAAAAGGGAAGAGAGAGAAAGGAAGAAGAGAGAGAAAGGGGGGAGAAAACCACCUUUUCCUUUUAGAGAGAGAAAGAGGGAUGACUCGGUUUCCGGUUCAAUGGGGGAGAUGUGUGCGAGGAAUGAGGAGAGAGAUGAAUGAUUCCGAUACAGGUUGAACCUGAAGCUUAAAUGUCGGGAGAAAGGCACAAGCGGGUGGUGGAUUGGCUUUCCACGAAUACAGUGGCUGCUGAUUAUGUAUGAUGAACAUGAAUAUUAUACACAGUAGAUACCUCAAUCUCCACAAAACCAAGGAACCGUAAUUUUAGAGACGGAGAAAAUUCGUAAUUUUGAAGAGAGAUUUCGGAGAGGGGAUUCACGAAGAGAGAUUUCGGAAAGGGUGUGAAUCCCUCAUUUUGGAGAGAGAGACGGACCCAUUUGCAGAAGUGGGGAAGAGAACCCAAUUUCACAGAGCCUAUUUUAGAGAGAAACGAGAGAGACGCCAUUUGCAGAAUUGGGGAAGAGAAUCCAAUUUCGUAGAGCCGAGAGAACCCAAUUUCAGAAUUGGUCAAGAGAACCAAAUUUCAAACAGCAAGCCCAAGAAUGAAUCCAAAUGGAGGUUGCAGAGAUUAGAGCAACACACUGGGAAAUCUAGACAGAGAUGGAAAACAAUCUAGUGAAAGAAAGUUCAGCUAUAACGAACAUGACAAGGCCUUUCAGUUAAUGGAAGGUCGAGAAGAAGACAAGCUCUCAGAACUCGUCAAUGCGUUCAAGUCAUGGAUACACCGGACGACCGAUCCAUCUCGAGACUUUUGGAUGCCCGACCACACCUGUCGUGUCUGCUAUGAAUGCGAUGCUCAUUUCACCAUUUUCAAUCGACGCCACCACUGUCGAAACUGUGGCCGAAUCUUUUGCAAUAAAUGCACCUCAAAUUCGAUUCCUUCUCCAAUUGCAGGGGAAAGGAUUAGGCUUUGCAACUAUUGCUUUAAGCAAAGGCAGAAUGACUCCUCUCCAUUAUUGGGUUUUCAGUUGCCUAGAUCAUCGACAUCUUACUCUUCGGUGGAAAAGAGUGGAAUCGAUAGCGUUUCGGUGGCUUCAGAUCCAAGGUCGCCAGCUUCUAUUGCAGAAUACCCAUUGCCGAACAAUUACAGUCGCUUCUCUGCAAACAGGAGCGAGGAGGAUGAUGGUGAUUCUUCUUAUACCUAUCAUUCUGAGGGAGAUUUGGUAGAUAUUCAGCAGCCGAGAUGCUACUUAAGCUCCGCUGAAUUAGACCAACAAAGCUUGUCAACCCCAUCAAUUUAUCCAAGUGAUUUUGGUCCCCUCAUCUCAUCUCCCAACAAUAAUUUUGUGGAGGAGGAAGCAAGAAAUCAUUCUGUUGAUUUUGCUAAUAAAAUUGCUAUAGAUGAAGUGAGUCAUGGGGACCUUGAUAAUGCCACUGAUAAUGUGGAGGAAGAAUUGGAUCUUGAGUCAUCUGUAUGUGGAGAGCGUACUCCAGAUGACGAAGAUGUUGAUUUUGAUAACAAUGGCCUUCUUUGGCUUCCUCCUGAGCCAGAUGAUGAAGAUGAGGAGAUUGAGCCUUGCCUUCUUGAUGAUGAUGAUGAUGAUGAUGGCAUGGAUCAUGGCGAUGGCCAUAUUGAGGUACCGAGGGAGCGGCCAUACUUGCGAUGCUCAAGCACCUUGGGUACGAAGAGGCCGAGAAAUCGGGAUAAUUCAGGGGAAAUGCAUAGGAAGGCCAUGAAAAGUGUGGUUGAGGGGCAUUUCAGGGGCCUUAUAGCUCAGCUUUUGGAGGGUGAGAACCUACCUAUUGGUGAGGAAGGGGAUAAAGAGAGUUGGUUGGAGAUUGUCACCUCUUUGUCUUGGGAAGCUGCAACGCUUCUAAAGCCAGACAUGAGCAAGGGCGGUGGCAUGGAUCCUGGGGGUUAUGUGAAGGUCAAAUGUGUGGCUUGUGGCCUUCGUAGUGAGAGUGAGGUGAUCCAAGGGGUUGUUUGUAAGAAGAAUGUGGCUCACAGACGCAUGAAAUCAAGGUUCAAGAAUGCUCGUCUCCUUCUCCUAGGGGGAGCGCUUGAGUAUCAGAGAGUCUCAAACCAGUUGUCAUGUUUUGAUACUUUAUUGCAGCAGGAAAUGGAUCACCUGAAGAUGGCUGUUGCAAAAAUAGAAGCCCACCACCCGAAUCUUCUUCUGGUGGAGAAAGCUGUCUCUCGAUUUGCACAAGACUAUCUUUUGGCUAAAGAUAUAGCCUUGGUUUUGAAUGUCAAAAGGCCGUUACUGGAGCGCAUAGCACGGUGCACUGGUGCUCAGAUUGUUCCUUCUAUUGAUAGUCUUUCUUCCCCAAAGUUGGGUUAUUGCGAACUGUUCCAUGCUGACAAGUUUUCCGAAGAGCAUAAAAGCAGUGGACAAACUGGCAAAACGUUGAUAAAGACUUUGAUGUUUUUUCAGGGUUGCCCAAAGCCUUUGGGUUGCACGGUCUUGCUAAAGGGUGCUCAUAGUGAUGAGUUGAAGAAAGUAAAACAUGUGGUCCAGUAUGGAGUCUUUGCGGCAUAUCAUUUGGCACUAGAGACUUCAUUUCUUGCAGAUGAAGGGGCAUCCCUUCCUGAACUUCCCCUCAGUUCUCCCAUAACUGUAGCUUUACCCGACAAGCCUCCCAGUUUAGAUAGGUCCAUCUCCACUAUUCAUCAUUUACAAAUACGUAAUAUGCAUAGCUCAACUGCACAUUCCAACCACUCCUCCACUGAGCGUAAAGCUUGUGCAACAGGAUCAGAUGCCAGUCCUCGUAGUGGUAGCAAGAGAAUAUCUGUGAGACCAUUGAUGCUUGAAAAUGGGGGUGUGAAGGAGGUCAUAGGUAGGAGAAAGGUUGUCUUUGAUGAAACCCAAUUGGGCACUGAUCAGGUGAGGGAAAACCCAGGUGUAUCUCUUGGAGAAACAGCGGCAGGAUCCCCUAAUCAUCAAAGUAUUUCUCAUUAUGAGGAGACACUCUUCAAUGAUGAGUUCCCACCUUCGCCUUCUGACCAACAGAGCAUUCUAGUUUCUCUCUCAACACGUUGUGUGUGGAAAGGGACGAUAUGUGAGCGUGCCCAUCUCUUAAGGAUAAAGUACUAUGGAAGCUUUGACAAGCCUUUGGGACGUUUCUUACAAGACAACUUAUUUGACCAGAGUUUCCAGUGCUGCUCAUGUUCAGCACCAAGUGAAGCACACGUCCACAGCUACACUCACAGACAGGGAAGCCUUACCAUCUCUGUUAAGAAGCUUGUUGAUUUUCCUCUAAAGGGGGAAGGGGAGGGAAAGAUUUGGAUGUGGCAUAGGUGCUUAAAGUGUCCUAGAACUUUUGGAUUCCCCCCAGCUACGAGGAGAGUGGUGAUGUCUGAUGCUGCAUGGGGUUUGUCUUUUGGAAAGUUUUUGGAGCUCAAUUUCUCCAAUCAUGCUGCAGCUAGCAAGGUGGCUAGCUGUGGUCAUUCCUUGCAUAGGGACUGCCUAAGGUUUUAUGGGUUUGGCAGCAUGAUUGCUUGUUUCCGUUAUGCAUCAAUUGAUGUUCACUCUGUGCAUUUGCCUCCUUCAAUAAUUGAUUUAAGCAACCCCAUCCCAGUGGGCUGGAUUGAGAAGGAAGUUACUGAGGUGGCUGAUAGAGCAGAUAUCCUUUUCAGUGAAGUAUCUAAUUUGCUACAUCAAAUUGGUCAUAAAGUUUCAAACUCAGGAACCAUUUGCAAUAGUGUUAAGAUGCUUGAAUUGAGAAGGCAUGUUGCAGAACUUAAAUUUGUGCUUCAGAAAGAGAAGGCUGAAUUUGAAGAGUUCCUUAACAAUGCAAUGAAGAAAGAUCUUCAGCAGGGACACCCAGUUGCUGACAUAUUGGAAAUCAACAAACUGAGACGGAAAUUGAUAUUUCAGUCUUAUGCUUGGGACCAUCACUUGCUUUUCCUAAAUGUAUCAAUCAACAAGGACUCUUCCUUGUGUAGUUCAGUUCAUGGUCUGUCAGUAGAGCUUAAUAGUUCCUUAGCAUAUGAGAAAGAGAAGAAAGGAUGGGCAAAGGGGACUCAUGGAAUGGAUAAGGAUGACGAUGAAAUGGACAGCUUGGCACCUUUAGAUCUAAAACAUAGUUUGAUUGUAACAAAUGGAAAUUUUAUGAACACUCACUAUACACAUAUGGGGGAGGUAGUGGUAUCUAAUGACUGUAAAUUACUUUAUGAUGGGAAUGUUGACAGUGGUCGUUUACAGUUUCCAAAUGUGGAAGUUUUUUGUACGAAGUCAGAUGAUUUUGAGAAAGAAGCUAGCUUCCAGGAUUAUGUGACAGAGAGCCAUGGACUUGGUAUGGAUACCAUUCCAGAGGGAGUUUUGCUUGCUGAGAUUACAGGAUCUUGGGACAUUCCAGAUGUUCAGGAAUCUAAUCUAGGAGAUGGAGAGCUUUCAAUUAUGGAAAGCCUUUCUCAUGCCCUAGAUGUGGUUCUAGGAGGUAACUCUAAUACAGUAGCUGCACAAUGUAACCCAGCAAUGGAGUCCAAAGUAGUCCGCACUGUGGAAGAACAAGCUGGGCUUGAUCUGGUCCAGGCCUGCGAGCCCACAUCACCAGUCAAUGGGAUUGAUGCUAGGAUGAGCUCAAACUCCCCUUUCCUCAACUUCUAUAAUGCUUACAGUAAGAAUAUAGUCUCUGUUGGUGAAUACAAUCUAUCCCAUGUGUCACCCCUUUAUGGGCCGGAACACCAAGGUGGCGCGAGGCUUCUUCUUCCAUUAGGCAUGAAUGAUGCAGUUAUCCCCAUUUAUGAUGAUGAACCCACAAGCAUGAUAGCCUAUGCUCUUGUCUCUUCAGACUAUCAUUCCCAGAUAAGCAAUGAGGGCGAGAGGCCUAGAGAGAGAGAGAUGGGUGGUUUGUCUCUCACUUCUUCCUUUUCUGAGUUCUCAUCCUUUAUACCUUCUCUCCAUUCCUUUGAAGGGUCAUUUGAGUUCAUGGCUGAGAAUGUGAGCAGGGAUAGAAGCUCCAGUUCUCUUGAAGAUAUGUCUAUUUCCAGUAGUAGAAGCUCUCCUCUUGUAGAGCACUGUAAAGGGGUGCAUGUUAGGGUUUGUUUCAAAGACGAGAGCUCACUGGGCACAGUGAAGUACAUAGUCACCUGUUAUCAUGCAAAACAGUUCGAUGCUUUGAGAAGGAGGUGUUGCCCAUCUGAGAUGGAGUAUGUGGCUUCGAUCAGUCGGUGCAAGAAAUGGGGUGCUCAGGGUGGGAAGAGCAAGGUGUUCUUUGCUAAGACUCUGGAUGAUAGAUUCAUAGUUAAACAAGUGACAAAAACAGAGCUUGAGUCUUUCAUAAAAUUCGCGCCAGAGUACUUUAAGUACCUCUCUAACUCCAUGACCACUGGUUGCCCCACCUCUCUGGCUAAGAUUCUUGGUAUAUAUCAGGUUACUUCGAAGCACCCGAGAGGAGGUAAGGAGGUGAGGAUGGACCUAAUGAUCAUGGAAAACCUUACACGUGGACGGAAGCUUACUCGUCUCUAUGACUUGAAAGGAUCCUGUAGGUCACGAUACAAUCCUGAUUCCAGUGGGACAAACAAGGUUCUGCUGGACCAGAACCUGAUUGAGGACAUGCCAACCUCUCCAAUUUUUGUUGGGAACAAAGCCAAACGGUUGUUAGAGAGAGCUGUAUGGAAUGACACUUCGUUCCUCGCGUCGAUCUAUGUGAUGGACUAUUCUUUACUCGUUGGCGUCGACGAGGAGAAGCACGAAUUGGUAGUUGGAAUUAUUGAUUUUAUGAGGCAGUAUACAUGGGAUAAGCACUUGGAGACUUGGGUUAAAGCGUCUGGGAUUCUUGGUGGCCCAAAAAAUGUGUCCCCAACUGUCGUAUCUCCCAUGCAAUACAAGAAGCGAUUUCGUAAGGCCAUGUCCACGUAUUUUCUCAUGGUACCAGAUCAGUGGUCCCCACUUACCAUCUUGCCUGCCCUCUCAAGAUCGAAUGGGGAUGGUUCCUAAUGCUUAAAAUUGUGGGCCCGAUGUAAUUAGUUUCAACCUCUUGUGCCUCAUGCGAUAACAACUGGAAGGCAAAGGCAGUUUUAAUUUUCAUCUUGUUUUGUGGCGGUCAACUGUGAAGUGUGAGUUAAAUCUUGGACAUUAGUGAUCAGAUCAGAGCUAACUCUCAUGCCAAACACUCAAUUCUUUUUUACUGAGAUCAAGGGAUUUAUGAUCAAGGGAUUUAUGAAUGAUGCUACCUUAUAAUGUAGAACUACGGAUUCCCCUUAAAAAUCCAUC